UGCCACUUUGGCUACAAACACGUCGGCAGUAACCAUGAAAAUGCGCGCUAUUUUUGUUGAUAUUUUUCUUCUAAUCAUGGCUUUUUUGAUUGAUGAAGCAGUGUCAGCAAAAAAAGGACAAAAUAAAUUUACAGGAAGUAAAAGGAAUACAAUUGUGCAGUGUUGCGGAGCAAAUUCGUGCACAAAACCGGCAACAAAACUGAUAGCAAACACCACAAGUUCAACAAGCUCGAAAUCACCAAGUUUUGCUUCAACGACAACUAAAGACCUGCCAACCGCGACUGAUAGCGAACCUACGUCUGACGCGAUAGUUGAUGAGCAGCCUACGACAGACGCAUCUACUACUGAAAUUGCAAGUUCUCCAGAAUCAUCAACUAGCACUUUCACAACAACCACCGUCACAACUCCAACGACUACAAUUACGACCCCAACAACCACAAUAACAACAACCACCACCACUAAACCUCCAACCAAAGAAGAGCUUAUUCUAGGGACGUGCGACACUUCUUUCAUUCAAGACCCGACGUUAAUGGACACUGAUGGGACACUAAAAGAUCCGGAAAAGUAUGGAUUUUGGGUGCAGUCGUGCGGCAAGCAAUUUCUCUUUGGAAAAUCUCUAGCCACUUGGAGAGACAAUUUCAUAAGAUGCUACAAAAUUGGAAUGGAGCCAGUAACUUUUGAAAACGCAGAAAAAUUAGAAUGCUUCUCAAAUUUGGUUUCUAAGUGGAAGUACAGCUCCAAUUACUGGACCUCCGGUUUAAGGGUGAACGAAAGCGACUUUUCGUGGUGCACAAAGAACGGGUCAUUCGCAGUGGACAGAACGAAACUGCCCUGGGCAACAGGUCAGCCCCAAAAUGUCAAUAAUAGCGAAAACUGCCUACACCUCAACGUGACAAAAGCAACCGCAACUUUCACAUUCUCGGACAGACUUUGCACCGACCCGCAAAUAUUUGCAUGCCAGGGCCCUCCAACUCCGGCUCCUUCAUGCUCAUCUCCUGUGUGCCCGAACAUCACAUGCGCCAAAAAUCCAAAUUAUUAUACUUCGUCAGGUAGCUCCCAAUUCUUGACAUUGCCAAAUAAUCACGGCAGAUGGUUCACUUACAACGGCAGGACAUAUGUUUUCGGUCCAGUAAAUAAAACUGAAACAUUUUUUGGUGCAAUGCAAUCGUGUUGCGAAAUUGGAAUGACUUUGCUCAGUUUGGAGUACGAUUACAAAUACAAAUCGGUCAUUCAGGCUAUAAAAGAAAACACAUCGAUGAGUGACUUUUUCUGGACGUCUGGCAGCGACCGGGGAUGCGAAUCAAAUUUCGGUUAUUGCGUGGCAAAAAGACUAUUUCGCCAGGAGGCCAUUUGGGCUUCUGGUCAACCAGACAACGCAGAGGGAAACGAGAGCGCCGUUGCUGUUUUCAUUACUUCGAGCCAAGCUCAAUUAUACGAUUUCAACGAGGAGAAAAAAUUCAGAUAUAUAUGCGAGGCCAGGGACACUUCCAAGUCAAAAUCAGGUGGCACUGCAGUGAGGGAUGAAUGCGCCUCCAUUUACAAUGUCAGCCAAGCUGAAAUUGACGAUCUAUUAAAUCCCACUACUAAAAAAGAUAUGAGGAUCAAGUGCUUUGCAAAAUGCUUGGGAGAAAAUUCUGGAUUGAUGGUUAAUGGAAAGUUUUUGGAGAAUGAAGUUUUGGCAAUUUUGGAAAAAAAUUCUGGAGGAAAUCUGGACGAGCUUCAAAAAAGCAUGGGAGUAAUGGACGAAUGUGGAAAUUCCUCAAGUGCUGCUGGGAUGGACGAGUGUGACAAAGCGGCCCAAAUGAUCAAAUGCAGCAGCGAGAAAGCGCCCGACGUUCUUAACGGCAUAAUCACGGCCAUGGACCAGUCGAUGCCCAUUGAACAAGCAGCAUUACCGCCUGUAGCAGUUUGUCCCGACCCUUUUGCGUGCACCGUUGCGCCAACUUAUGCGCAAGAAGUUGCAAAUUGUACCGGUAAUUGCACAACAACAUAUGGCUUUGUGCGCCAUUUGUGCGGCAAGAAAUAUUUCUAUGACAUAACCAGGGUUACCCUGCAGCAGGCCUAUAUCAACUGUUGCGCUCACGGCACAAAACUGGCGUCCAUCGAAACUCCAGAGGAGGUCCAGUGCCUCUUGAGUUUAAACACUACUAUGAUGACAGACUGGACGUGGGUGGCAGUUAGCAAGGUCAACACUACUUCUCCACGAUGGUGCACCUCAAACGUCCCGUUUUCUUUCGCCGGCUUCGCUAUUGUAACGCACUACCCUAAUCCUCCUUAUGACUCGUACGCCAUAACACCAAGCAAACAACAAAUCUGCGCUACUACCCAAGACAACUUACACUACCCUUUAUGUCAGGCCUGA